AUGGUUUGCCCGACCUGCGCCAACAAUCUAGGGAAAGACAUGGCUGCACAUUUCAGAGUGCAACACUCGCAUCUUAUCAAGAGGAGGAAGCCUUACAGGCCAAGCUCAUGCCCUGCGGCUGCCACCAGCUCAGCAUCUGGGAAGGGAACAGCAACAUAUGAAGUGAACUCUUACUAUGAAGAGCCAGAACCACAACACUACAGGAUGAGCAGCAGGCCAUACAAAGAUCCUCUCCCAGUUCAUCUGCAGCGUCCCGCAGGCCGAUGA